AUGGACAUGUACCAAGUUUUACAUCCAUCGCAACAAAUGCUCAUGUCGUCCAUGGCCGAGGGGACAUUUGGGACUAUGUUCUUCAGAGGGCCUGCCAAAAAAGCGAUUUUCUGCCCAAAAGGCUGUAGAUACACAUGCCAUAGCAACGCGAUAUUGCCCAUCAUGUACAGCAACAGAUCCGUGGUUCAACCUGGAAAAGAGCUGAAAAGUUUCGAGUUACUUCAGACCCUCGAAAAGCUCAUCGGAAGCUCUUUCCCCUUCUGGAUUGAAUUCAAUAAUACCCAGUGCAUUAGUCGUUUCGCUAUCACGAACUUGGACUCCUUCUCAAUGGACUCUCUCAAAGAAAUCGACAUAUGGAACACUGAAAAGUUGCUCGUCAGACCUGGACCCGGCUUGCGACGCUUCAACGUUGAAGCGAAGAUAAGUUUGAAUGAGUCGGUGGCAAAACUGCAUCCACUUGAUCGCAUGACCGCAGAAAUGUGCUCACGUCGCUGUCUAGAAUGGAGUGCCUCGAUGCGGUGCAUUGGAUUUGUCUUCGACACGCAUUCGGGCGACUGUCGACUGAUCGACGAGUCUGUCCGGAUCACCAAAGACCUGAAGGUUCUGUCGACAAGACGAAAUUUGUACACAGGUACAUUUUCGUAUUGGAGUAGAGUAAAUAAGUAG